AUGACCACCGCGGCGGUGGCGGUGGUGGCCCGUGGGGCUGGGACGAGGGCGGCGGCUUUGGCCCUGCCGGGUGGCCGCAGGUCCGCUGCUCCGGGGCAGCGGUGCACGGGCCCCGCUUGGCCCUUGCGCACGGCACCUGGGACGGAGCCUGACAUGAAGCACUACCUGUGGGAGUGCUACCACGAGGCGAAAAGGAGCACGGAAGAAUUGGUUCCUUCAAUUAUGAGCAACUUGUUGAAUCCAGAUGCCAUUUUCUCAAACAAUGAAACGAGCCUGUCAGACAUUGAAAUCUAAGGCUUCGAUUAUGAUUACACCUUGGGGCUUUAUUCAAAGCACCUGCACACGCUGAUAUUUAAUGCUGCUCGGGACCUUCUCAUCAAUGAACACCAGUAUCCCGUGGAAAUCAAGAAGUAUGAGUAUGACCCAAAUUUUGCAAUUCAUGGACUUCAUUAUGACAUACACCAGGCAGUGCUGAUGAAGAUUGAUGCUUUUCAUUACAUCCAGCGGGGAACUGUCUACAGAGGCCUCAGCGCCGUCCCCAAUGAAGAAGUCAUUGACAUGUACGAGGGGUCCCAUGUGCCCUUGGAACAGAUGAGCGAUUUCUUUGGAAAGAGUUCCCACGGAAACACCAUGAAGCAGUUCAUGGACAUCUUCUCUCUGCCCGAGUUGACCCUCCUGUCAUGUGUGAAUGAGCACUUCCUGAAGAACAACAUCGACUAUGAGCCUGUCCACCUGUACAAGGAUGUCAAGGACUCAAUUCGAGACGUCCACAUCAAAGGAAUUAUGUACAGAGCAAUCGAAGCAGAUAUUGAUAAGUACAUCUGCUACGCUGAGCAGACUCGUGCAGUGUUGCCCAAACUGGCUGAUCAUGGCAAGAAAAUGUUUCUCAUCACCAAUAGCCCCAGUAGCUUUGUGGACAAAGGGAUGAGUUAUAUUGUUGGGAAAGACUGGAGGGACUUGUUUGAUGUGGUCAUCGUUCAGGCCGAGAAGCCGAACUUCUUUAAUGAUAAGCGGAGACCCUUCCGGAAGGUGAAUGAGAAAGGCGUCUUACUCUGGGAUAAAAUCCACAAGUUGCAGAAAGGCCAAAUUUACAAGCAGGGUAAUUUAUAUGAAUUUUUGAAGCCUACUGGUUGGAGAGGAUCCAAAGUGUUGUAUUUUGAUGACCACAUAUACAGCAACUUGGCGGAUUUGACCCUAAAGCAUGGCUGGAGGACUGGUGCCAUCAUCCCGGAGUUGAGAUCUGAGCUCAAAAUCAUGAACACAGAACAGUACAUCCAAACCAUGACCCGGCUGCAGACCUUGACAGGGUUACUGGAACAGAUGCAGAUUCACAGAGAUGCUGACUCGCAGCUGGUUUUGCAGGAGUGGAAAAAAGAACGAAAGGAGAUGAGAUAAAUGACCAAAAGUUUCUUCAACGCCCAGUUUGGAAGCUUGUUCCACACAGACCAGAACCCAACUUACUUCCUGAGGUGCCUGUCGCGAUUCACUGACAUCUACAUGGCGUCUCUUAGCUGCCUCUUGAACUACAAUGUCAACCACACUUUCUACCCCUGGAGGACUCCCCUGCAGCACGAGCUGCCCGCAUGGUCUGACAUGCCCUCCACCUUCGGAGCCCCUCGCCUGCAGGAGGCUCGGGCCAAGUAG